CAGGAUGCCUGCUUUUGCCGUUAGUUUCUGUCAUGGAUCGUAAACGGGCGAGAGAACAGUAUGCGCUUGUUGCUGAGAAAAUGGAUGAACAGACGUUAGAAAGGGUGAUUCCUGAUGUUUACGGCAACAAAAAAAGAGCCAUACGUAAUUUCGUUCAGCAGUAUCAAGACCAAGAUGAAGACGACGACAAUGCGUUCCCCAUCAUCUCCGACACUGUUGCUGCGGCACAGUUGCUGAUUGAAAAUCUGGCUAUACCAUUGUCUGCUAAAGGAUCCGAUGCCGCGAAAAAGAUUCCUCCCGUGUGUUUUGUUCACCAGAUUUAUAGUGUACUCAAAGACAACACGGCCGUGGAUCGUGAACUGCAACAAGCGGUCAAAGAAGGCAGUUGGCGCAAAUUCCACAUUGUCGGUGCUUUGGAAGACGAGUUUGUGGUGAUGCGUAUGGACAAUUAUCUGGCCAUGAUCGAUGAGGCCAAGGAAGAAUUCAUCAGCGAUCAAUCGAAUAAUGUCAGCAAAGACGCUCAGGAACUGGAUGCCAAUCUGUUUGGUCGUUUCAAGCAAUUCGUCCAGGAUAAACGGUAUACUGAAGUGGCCGUUACUCGUAAAGCAUUGAUGCAAGAGGAAUUCAAGUUUACAGAGAGAGAACUCAUCCAGCUUGUAAAUCAUGGGUUGCUGUUGCCUCACCUGCAAUUGGGUUCCUACUGGUUUUCCAUCCGCAAACAAGGCUUUUUCAUGUCCCACUACACCAAAGGCAGAAUCGAAAUGCUACGCAUGAUUAAGAAACGCGCCACUAAAGAUAUGUUGGAAAAGCAUCUGAAAAGUAGAAAACUGAAAAAUACAAUCUUUGGUCAUGACUUUCUGAUCCAUGAUUUGGUGGGCAGCGGUCGUGCGGAAAGGUAUACAAGAAAGGGAGAAUCAUGAAGGCAUUAUAUACAAUGGCAAGAAAUGGACUGACAAAAAAAUGCUAUAGACAUAAAACGACCAUGGGAGAUCUUAUCCGGCUCA